GAGCGUCCCCGCAGUGCAGUAGACCAGCUGUGUGGUGGGGCUGUGGAGAAGGAGAGUGGCAGGCCCAGGAUGAGUGUAGAGGAACAGCUGGAGAGAAUCAGGAGACACCAACAGGGGGCGCUAAGAGAGAAGAAGAAGGGGCUUCACAUCCUGGGGACCAACAGCCCACAGCAGGGACAGCUAGGCCCGCAGGAGAACACACACAGCCAUCCACACAGUCACAGGAACACACCAACACCCUCACGAAGCCCCUCGUUCACCAAGAAGAACCCAUUCCAUAGCCUGCAGGUAGGUAGAUGCUCCAGAAGGCACACCAGAGCACUAUAUAAGCAUACAUAUCUGACCUGAGCUCCAGGUUGGUUCAUACACCAAGGUUGUGUUCAGUAGGCACGAAACAGAUGAAAACUUUCAGAAACAGAGACUUACUGAGACAGGGAUGUAUCUGAAACAGAGACGUAUCUGAACUUGUCCAAUAAGACAUUGUCAUCUUCCGUUGUAAAACAGUUUGCUAUGUGUACCUUUAUGAACACAACCCAGGGCUAAUUUCAUUUACUGUAAUAUAUAGAAUUUACAAUCAAGAGUCAUAUGUCGUGUUCCAGAACUGUCGUCAGCGUGACGAGUUGAUGAGCAGUGACAUCCUGGAGCUGGAGGCGUCACUCAGAGAACAGGAAGUGGUCAGAGAGCAGGAGACGCCUGCCGAGGAGAUAGCACGACUCAAAGAGGCCUCGCACACUGACCACUACAACAUGGACAGAGAGGUAGGAAAGCGGGGGGGGGGGGGGGGGGGGGACAUUAAUGUCUGUCGCCUGGUCCCAAAUCACUCCCUUCCCCUUGGCCCUAAGAUCUGUAGAUCUGAAGGGUCUGGAUUGGAAUAAGCAGUGUAGUGGUGGAGCUUACACCAUAUCGAUUCAACCUUACAGAUCUACAAUUAUUGAAGGGUUACGGCCAAGGGGAAGGGGCAGAGAGGAUAUUUGAACAGGGCAUAGUGUCUGUCAUUAUCAUCUGCGGUAUCAUCUCUCUAACACCAACCCAUUUUCUCUCCCUCUCUCUAGUUGUCAGUCCCUGAGAAGGUGUUGAUUCCAGAGCGUUAUGUAGAGUCAGAUCCAGAGGAGGCUCUCAGCCCAGAGCAGGAGGCUGACAAACAGAAGAAAGUGGACCGCAUUAAAGCCCUUAUCGCCAAAAACAGGUACUUUUCAUGUUGUCCUUUAGUUUGGUUGCAGGUACUAUGGUGGAUGCACAUCCAGACCAACAAAGUACAGUUCGGCUCAGCUUGGCUCAGUAGUUUCAAAAGGGUAUUACUGUGGUAAUGAAAAGCGACCUAUGACUCAACCACAUGUACUUAUCUUUCCCAGGCAUCUGAAUCAGCCUGUGAAAGGUCAUUUAUUACAGCUGGUCAGGACUGGUGUUUACCAGUGUACAGGAUACAGCAAAUACUGUAUACAGUGUACAAAGACAGUUCUGUGUAACAUUCUACAUUCUAAAUGUCAGACACCAGACAUUAUUUGUAUGAAAAAGACUUUGUCCUGUGCCGGGGUAAUUGUUUUGCGGAACAACCAAUUUGAAGUGUGCGUGCGUAACAACAACAUCCUGUGUGGCUCAGCUCUUGGUAAAAUGGGAAAAGUUGUGGCUGUGGGUUCAAUCCCAAUGUACUCACUAUACUUUGUCGCUUUGGAUAAAACAGUCAGCUAAAUGCCAUAUGUCUCUCCAGUAUGCAGAAUGUGCUCUCACCUCCCGGUGUGGUGCUGAGCCCAGAGGAGGAGGCUGAUGAGGAGGCUACAGCUCACGAGCAGGAGAAGAUGAUCAACAUCUCCUAUGAACUGGCUGCUGAGGCUUCCAAACGCAGCAAGCUGGUCGCAGGUACAGCACAGAAUGGGUGGAGGUAGAGCAGGACCAACCAAACUAACAGUGACAAAGAUGGUGGAGAUUACUUGGAAAGACCUUGUCGUAUGGACAUUGAUUUAUUCACAUAUUCACAUAACAGAAUUCAUUUGAUUUGUAUAACAUUUAUUUUCUUUACUUGUUUUGUCAUUCAUUAACUUCCCACAACUUGUUUGUUUUUGCCAUUGUGUGUGAUCGUGUGUGUGGUCCAUGUGUGUUCUGUGUGGUCCAUGUGUGUUCUGUGUGGUCCAUGUGUGUUCUGUGUGGUCCAUGUGUGUUCUGUGUGGUCCUGUGUGGUUUGCAGUGCGCAGCUUGUCCUCCUCACCUCCUCCUGAGCUCCAACCGUCCUCAUCUCCACCUCCUAACACACAACCACCACCUCAGCUCACUGAUGGGUCCCACUUC